CGGCGCCAUGACGACGGCGACGACGGCGACGACGACGACGACGACGACGACGAAGCACGCUUCCUGAUCCACGACCCCCCGACAACCUUCCCCAUCCCCCCUCCCAAAACAAGGUCGAGAUAGAGUCGGCAGCAGCAAGUGUGUAUCGCUCGCACGCAGAGCCCAAUCGACAAAAGGGUAUCCGCGGAUCGCGCUCUAAUCUUUGGGUUCCAAGUGUGUAACGCAGCGCAACGAAAGCUGUUGCAGAGCGCGCUCGGGCAACAGUAGUACAUAGGACGACGACGACGACCCCCCUUGGCCCGCUCUUGUAUCUCUCAUUCCCAGCUUGGUCCAUCCAACAGCUCCGACGGUGCAAAGAAGGCAGGAGCAAACAUGGAUCCAGGACCUGCCUACGUCGAUCGCGGGAUCAAGCAGCGUGUCAGCUACUUUUACGAUCCCGAUGUCGGCAACUACUCGUACGGCUACGGCCACUGCAUGAAGCCGCACCGGAUGCGCAUGGCGCACAACCUCAUCUCCAAUUAUGGCCUGCAGCGGCACAUGCAGGUCCUUCGCGCUCCUCGUGCAACGCCAGAGCAAAUGACCAAGUUCCACACGGACGAGUACAUCCACUUUCUCCAACAGGUCACACCCGAGACCGUCGACGCGCUCACCGGCGGGAACCAGCGCUUCCUGACCGGAGAAGACUGCCCCGGGUUCGAAGGCCUGUUUGAAUUCUGCAGCAUCAGUGCCGGUGGGUCCAUCGCUGCAGCGCAGACGCUCAACUCGGGCGCGGCGGAUAUUGCGAUCAAUUGGGCCGGAGGCUUGCACCAUGCCAAGAAGCGCGAGGCGUCCGGCUUCUGCUACGUCAACGACAUCGUUCUCGCUAUCCUCGAGCUGCUGCGCUCGCACCUGCGCGUCCUGUACAUCGACAUCGAUAUCCACCACGGAGACGGCGUCGAGGAGGCGUUCUACUCGACAGACCGCGUGCUCACCGCGAGCUUCCACAAGUAUGGCGACUUCUUCCCGGGUACCGGCGACGUCCGCGACGCCGGCAUACGUAAGGGCAAGGGGUACUCGGUCAACGUGCCUCUGAGAGACGGCAUCACGGACGAGAGCUUCGGGCUCAUCUUCCGUGAGGUCAUUGGGUAUAUCAUGCAGUGGUACCAACCGGGUGCGGUGGUGUUGCAGUGCGGCGCGGACAGUCUUGCAGGCGACAAGCUCGGCUGCUUCAAUCUCAGCAUCGAUGGUCACGCCGACUGUGUUCGCUUCAUGCGCACGUUUGGAGUACCCCUCGUCGUCGUCGGCGGCGGUGGAUACACGGUGCGCAACGUCGCGCGCACGUGGACGUACGAAACAGGCAUCCUGCUCGGGCAGGAGCUCGACGAGAACUUACCAUUCAACGACUACAUGCACUACUUUGGGCCCGAAUAUAAGCUCGACGUCCCGCGGACAAGCAUGGAGGACCUGAACAGUAGGGAGUAUCUCGAGGGUCUGAGGACGAAGAUCAUUGAGAACCUGCGCAGCCUUCCAUUCGCGCCUAGCGCGCAGAUGGUCGACGUGCCACGCGUGCCGCUGACACUUAACUCGUCCGCUGCUGCGGAGCUGUCUGGCAACGAGGACUCAGACCUGGAUCGGCGGAUAUCGCGGCGUCUGCGCGAUGCGCACAUCCAGCGGUAUGGCGACGAGCUGUCGGGUGACGAGGAUGAGGACGAGGAUCCCGCGCGCGAGGAGGGUGAGGAAGCAGCAGAAGAAGAGCACGAAGAGGAGGCGGACUCGGACGAGGCAAUGGCAGAUGCACGGCCGCGCGUGCGGGCAACAGGCUCGGGCAUGUCGCGCAUCGGCAGUCAGCAAACCCCCAUGGCCCUUGCGAACGGGCACGGCGGCCGCGCAGGCGCAGGCUUCAAACUCAAGCACAACGGCAGCGCAGCGGCAUUCGGACACGAUCUCGCCUCCUCUUACCUGGUCAACCGCUUCUCAUAUGGUACCUGCUCGGACAACGAGGACGACCCCGCUGAGCAACAGCGUCGCCUGCUCGACGCGCUCGGCGGGCACCGUUCGCGCGGUGCGCGCACCAAGCGCGUCAAGCGCACCUUCUUCGCCGCGCGCGCCACCGCUGGCAUGCCUCUGGGAGGAGCAGCAGCAACUGGAGGUGGACGCGGCGCACGGGCGGCAGCGGCAGCGGCAGCGGCAGUGGAGGAUGGUGUGGCAGCUGUGAAGGGCUUCACGACGGCGGCUGUGCAGGCCAAUGCGUACUACGCCGCCGUCGCUGGGUCCGCGCUGAAUCCUCGCGCGGUGAGCUUCCAUGCGACCACGCCGGACGCGCGGCUGGUCGAAGGCUGGAUGCGCCGCGCGGGCGCCGGCAAGGAGAACCAGGUGGCCGCCCUUGCUCACGGUCACGGUCAGAGUCACGCAUCCAGCAGCAACGGCAAAAGCAAUGGUGCUGGCAAAAGCCCAGCGCGGCGGGGCGGACGCAGGACCCAUCGGGCAUCACCAGCAAUAUGGAACGGUGAGCUGUUCGAAAGCGAAGAGGAGGACGUCGCGGCGGCGGCUGUUGGUACUGGUCGCCUGGGGAAUCGCAGCAACGAGGGGUACAUCAAGAGCGACAAGACGUGGCAGCGCAUGGAGAUGGACAUGGAUUCUCCCGCGAACGGCGAUGCAGGAGGGAGACAGCGGCGAUAGCAACUGAGGAGCGCGGUGGUUUGGCGUGAUUUUGUAUGUGAAAGGCAGGGCAUAGAUGCCCAAUGCUUUUGGGGACUCGUAGGGAAAGCGGUGGAAGAGACAUUUGUAUUGCAUCCGAUUCUCGUGCGCUCAUGGUGAAUGACCGCGUACAAAUGGUAGAAUCUAGCAGAC